AUGGCAGGCGGUGGCGGCGGCGGCGUCGAGCUCGGGCUGGCGAGGGGAGCGCGGCCUGGUGUCGCUGCUGCCCGUGGCCGGAGGAGGCCGAGGGCGGAGAGGAGGAGGAGGAGGACGAGGCGCCGGCGGUUCCCCUCAGGCGGCUCCUGCCAUCCUGCCCAAGAUGGCGGCGCGCGGCUGAGGCGGUUUCGGCCCCUCGCCUCGGCGGCGGCGGCGGCGGCCUCCCCUUCUGGUGGCUGCCUCCCUCUCUCCGUCCUCCCUUGCCAGCCCCUCGGCCGCGUCCCGCCCCGUCUCCUCCUCCUCCUCCUCCGCGCCCCCUCGCCAUUCCGCCCGCCCUCGGGAGCCGAGCAGGCGGAGCAGGCGCCGCAGGCUGAGCGAGCGCGGAGACAGGGGGCCCCGGGCGCCCAGGAGCCCCGCCAAGGGAGCCGGGGCCCCAGAAGAAGGAGGAGGAGGAGGCCGAGGAGAACCGCCAGCGCCCGCCGCCCCAGCAGCAGCAGCAGGAGGACGGGAGGGCCGCCCCCGCCGCGCUCCUCGCCGGCCCCGGGCGCGCCCGGUCCUCCUCGCCGCCGCCGCCAAGGAAGGCGACGACCCCCGGUCCUUCCCCGCCCAGGAGGGAGGCCUCGGCCCGGCCGGAGGCAGCAGAAUUCAGUAAUUGAUGCUGAGGACUUAAGCUGA